AUGUCCAAGCGCCCUGGUUCCAAGCUGCCCGGCGGGACCGGCAAGAGGAAGGCGCUGAGCAUCAAAGAGAAGCUGGACAUCAUCAGGCGCUUUGAGGGCAACGAGAGGACAUGCGACAUCUCCCGUGCCACUGGCCUCAAGGAGUCCACGCUGCGCACCAUCCGCGACAACGCCGUCAAGAUCAAAGAGACGUCCCGGACGGGCACGGGCACAAGCGCGGCCAAGUCCAUCCGCGCUCGGCCUAAGGAGAUCGAGGAGAUGGAGAGGCUGCUGAGCCUGUGGAUGGAGGGCAAGCGCUCGGGCACCACUUUCCUGACAGCCAAGGGCAAAGCGCUGUCCAUCUACGCUGACCUCAAGCGCAAGGCGCCCAACCCAGCCGACGUGGCGCCCUUCCGGGCCAGCUGCGGCUGGUUUAGCGGCUUCAAGCACCGCUACAACUUCCAGAGCCUGCAACUGCUGGGUGAGGCGGCCAGUGCGCAGCUCAAGGCUGCUAAGGAGCUUCCCGCCCUCAUCCAGAAGCUGGUCAAGGAAGAGGGCUACACACUGGACCAGAUCUUCAACUUCGACGAAACGGGCCUUUAUUAUAAGCGCAUGCCUCGGAGGACCUACAUCGCCAAGGCUGAGAAGCACAGCCCGGGCCCCAAGGCAGCCAAGGACCGCCUGACCAUCAUGGUCGGAGCCAAUGCCAGCGGAGACCUGAAGCUGAAGCCCGUUGUGGUUUAUCGCUCUGCCAACCCUCAGGCCUUGAGAGGCAUCGUGAAGGCCAGCCUAGGCGUCCACUACAGGUAUAGCAAGAAAGGAUGGAUGACUGCCCAAAUCUGCAUCGACAUUUUUGCUGAAUUCUUCCCCGUUUUAGAGGAUUAUUGCAAGAAAAAGAACUUGGCUUUUAAGAUUCUCAUAAUUAUUGACAAUGCACCGAGCCAUCCCUUGACCAUAGCUGAACUCAACCCGAAUGUCAAAUUCAUCUUUUUGCCUCCGGAAACCACCUCCCUUAUCCAGCCCCUCGGGCAGGGGGUGAUAGCCCUGUUUAAGGCUUACUAUCUGAGGCGAACAUUUAAGAUGUUACUUGCUGCAACUGGAGGAGAAAAUGCAGAAACUGUAAUAGAAUUUUGGAAGAGAUUUAACAUCAAGAUGGCCAUUGAUAUCAUUGUGGAAGCCUGGAAUGAUGUAACCAAAGAGUGCUUGCAUCGUGUGUGGAAGAAAAUGCUCCCGGACUUGAUCCAUGAUUUUAAAGGAUUUGAACCCUCAGAGCAAUUAAAAAAAAUCAAAGCAAGCUGUGUUGAUCUGGCAAAACAAGUUGGAUUUGAGGGGGUCAAGAAAGGGGACGUGGAUGAGCUUCUAGAGUCCCCCCCUGACCAUCUAACCACAGAAGACAUGCAACAACUUGCUGCGGAUGGGCCAGGAGAGGCUGAAGAGGAUGAAGAGGAGGAUGGCCACAAGGCUGUACCUCGACAGCUGGACACAUCACAGUUAUCAGACGUUUUAAGUGUUAUUGAAAAACAGUUGCAGUGGCUUGAAGACAACGAUUACAAUGCUGAGCGCAGCAGAAUAGUGGCUCGGGGUGUCCGGACAAAUUUGGAACCAUACAGGCGACUUCAAUACGAAAGGAGGCGGCUAGCAAAGCAGCAGAAAUUAUAUGUAUAUUUUAAGCCCCUACAGAGGAGACAAGAAGUCAGUGAGCUACCCCCAUCCACAUCUGGUAUUCCAGUUACCCAUCAGAAAUCAGAAAACUCUCCUUCAGCCACUUCAAAAUAA